AUGUCGCAGCCAUGGGAUUACAUCGCAAAACUUGUCUGUAUUGGCGAUUCCGGCACUGGUAAAUCCAGCCUCACCAUCCGCCUCUGUGAAGGUCGUUUCUCCCCAUCCCACGAUGUAACAAUCGGUGUCGAGUUCGGCUCCCGCAUCGUCCCCGUCGGACCCCCAGCCUCGGAUUUCUUGGGAAUAGACUUUGACCUUCCACAAUCACCUUCUCCUGCUCCAUCAUCCCACCUUCCAAUUAUCACCCCACCACAAACGAGAAUUGCUAACCCAACCGCCUCCAACUCCCUCGGUCCAACGACGUUAAUAGACGUCAGAGAUUGUUCCAGACCAAAACUGUAUCAGCAAAAACCACCACUACAGCAACCCUCUGGCUUGCCUUCCCUUCCCCGCAAACAACAAUCUCCACCGGUCCAGAAACGUAUGAAACUCUCCCUCUGGGACACCGCGGGCCAAGAAUCGUAUAAAUCUAUCACUCGCUCAUACUUCCGCGGUGCGUCCGGUGCCCUCCUAGUCUUCGACAUCACACGACCCUCCACCUUCGCCUCCCUAACGCAAUGGCUGCAAGACCUGCGCCAGAUCGCCGAGGAAGGUAUCGUGGUCAUCCUUGUUGGAAAUAAGAGUGAUCUUGCUGCGCCUUCUCAAGGGAGAAGUGAUGGCACUGGCGACUGCGGUAAACAGCCUAAAGAAGCCAUAGUUACAAGAGAGGAAGCGGAGGCUUGGUGCCGAGCGAAUAAUGUAUCUCGGUACGUGGAGACGAGUGCAAAAUCCGGGGAAGGGGUUGAAAGGGCGUUUCUGGAGGUCGCGGAACGAAUAUACCGGAACAUUGAGGCCGACAGGUAUGACUUAAAUGACCGGCGGAGUGGAGUUAAAGGGUUUGGAGCUACCGGGGGAGCGGGUGGUGGAGGUCGCCCUCAGAGGACUGUUACACUGGGCGUUAAUGAUGCGAUGGAGUCAGGCAAGGGUGGGUGUUGUUGA